ACCAACCUGAACAGGCUGAUCAGUCAGAUCGUGUCCUCCAUCACCGCGUCCCUUCGUUUCGAUGGCGCCCUCAAUGUUGAUCUGACAGAGUUCCAGACCAACUUGGUGCCAUAUCCCCGAAUCCACUUCCCUCUGGCCACCUACGCCCCUGUCAUCUCCGCUGAGAAGGCUUACCAUGAGCAGCUCUCAGUCGCUGAGAUCACAAAUGCCUGCUUUGAACCAGCCAAUCAGAUGGUGAAAUGCGACCCUCGCCACGGUAAAUACAUGGCUUGCUGCCUGCUUUUCCGUGGUGAUGUGGUGCCCAAAGAUGUCA